GGCGCGUUCGGUACGCGAGCAUUUGGACAAACAGUUAGAUAGAACUGAAAGUGAAAGAUAUUUCCCAAGCGAAUUGGCUCUAUUUUUCGCUUUUCCAGCAGCGCAUCGAUUUACACGCCCGCCUAAAAGCUCGCCACAUCCAAUGCGCCCUCUGAGCGGUUUGAUAGCGGUGGCGCUGCUGCUGCUGCUCCUGCUGACGGCACCAUCGAGUGCGACGGACGCGGAGGCGGAGUCCUCCGGCAGCCCGCUGACGCCCGGCGCCGAAGAGCCACGCCGGGUGGUGAAGCGUGCGCCCACGUCCAGCUUCAUUGGGAUGCGUGGCAAGAAGGACGAGGAGCACGACACCUCGGAGGGUAACUGGCUGGGAUCGGGACCCGAUCCGCUGGAUUACGCCGACGAGGAGGCGGACAGCAGCUACUCGGAGAACGGGCGGCGACUGAAGAAGGCACCGCUGGCCUUUGUGGGCCUGCGCGGCAAGAAGUUCAUCCCGAUCAACACCCGCCUGUCCGAUGUCCUGCAGAGCCUGGAGGAGGAGCGGCUGCGGGAUAGCCUGCUGCAGGACUUCUUCGAUCGCGUGGCCGGGCGUGAUGGCUCAGCGGUGGGCAAGAGAGCGCCCACCGGAUUCACGGGCAUGCGAGGCAAGCGGCCCGCCCUGCUGGCCGGAGACGAUGAUGCGGAGGCGGACGAGGCCAUGGAGCUGCAACAGAAGCGGGCGCCGGUCAACUCCUUUGUGGGGAUGCGCGGCAAGAAGGACGUCUCCCACCAGCACUACAAGCGGGCAGCUCUCUCCGAUUUCUGGCACACUUUCUUUAAAAAGUCCUAUGACGUGAGGGGAAAACAGCAGCGCUUCGCGGACUUCAACAGCAAAUUUGUGGCGGUGCGUGGCAAGAAGAGCGAUCUGGAGGGCAACGGCGUCGGGAUUGGAGAGGAUCAUGAGCAGGCUCUGGUGCAUCCAUGGCUCUACCUGUGGGGAGAAAAGCGAGCGCCCAACGGAUUCCUGGGAAUGCGAGGCAAACGGCCAGCACUUUUCGAGUAGGCGAUGUUGAGCGAUUUGAAAGAUCUUGAUGGAAGUUCCUCUUAGAGCUACAAAACUAGGAAAUGCGAAAGUAGAUGGACGCCGGGGACCGGGAGAGCAGAUUUGGAGACAGAUUGGAUCACAAGAGUGUUUCAAAUAAUCGCUGGGCUGGAGAUUAUUUCAAACACGGACACACCAAAAACACACAAAAUUUCAGCUUAUUGUAUAACGAGACUUGCGAAUAAUUUAUUGUGAAUUUAUUUGAAAAUUGAAUGAUGAUGCUUCGAUGAGUGUGUGUGGGUUCAAUUGUACUAUUUGCAUAUCUAAGUGUAAACUUUUAAUCAAAAUUAUGAUGAACAUUAAACUAGAAGAAGUUCAAAUGCACAAGAUUAACAGAAAAGUGGGAAAGUAUUUAUUUAUUUAAAUCAAAUAUAUUUAAAACGAAUAUACUAAAAGAUACAUUUCAGUUGUGGUACAUCUACGUAUACAAAAUAUAUAUACACCUACA